CUCGCAAGAUGGCGGACAGUGCGGAACUAAAGCAAAUGGUUAUGAGCCUUCGAGUUUCGGAACUUCAGGUGCUGCUGGGCUACGCGGGGAGGAACAAGCACGGCCGCAAACACGAACUGCUCACGAAAGCCCUGCACCUGCUCAAGGCCGGCUGCAGCCCCGCCGUGCAGAUGAAAAUCAAAGAACUCUACCGGAGGAGGUUCCCCCAGAAAAUCAUGACCCCCGCAGACCUGUCCAUCCCCAGCGUGCACUCGAGCUCCAUGCCGGCCACGCUGUCUCCAUCCACCAUUCCACAGCUCGGCUACGACGGCCACCCCGCCACGUCCCCGCUGCUCCCCGUCUCCCUGCUGGGACCCAAACACGAACUGGAACUGCCCCACCUCGCGUCCGCCCUGCACCCCGUGCACCCCGACAUCAAACUGCAGAAACUGCCCUUCUACGACCUGCUGGACGAGCUCAUCAAACCCACCAGCCUCGCCUCAGACAAUAGUCAGCGAUUUCGAGAAACCUGCUUUGCGUUUGCACUGACGCCACAACAAGUGCAGCAAAUCAGCAGUUCCAUGGAUAUUUCUGGGACCAAAUGUGACUUCACAGUACAGGUCCAGCUGAGGUUUUGUUUAUCAGAAACCAGUUGUCCACAAGAAGAUCACUUCCCACCCAAUCUGUGUGUGAAAGUAAAUGGGAAACCAUGCAGCCUUCCAGGCUACCUUCCACCAACCAAAAACGGUGUUGAACCAAAGCGCCCCAGCAGACCAAUCAACAUUACCUCACUCGUCAGGUUGUCCACGACGGUACCAAACACAAUCGUUGUCUCCUGGACGGCGGAGAUUGGGAGGAACUAUUCCAUGGCAGUGUACCUGGUGAAGCAGUUGUCCUCCACGGUGCUCCUGCAGAGGUUGCGAGCGAAGGGAAUUCGGAACCCGGAUCACUCCAGAGCCCUGAUUAAAGAGAAGCUGACUGCUGACCCAGACAGUGAAAUAGCAACAACAAGCUUAAGAGUGUCUCUUCUUUGUCCACUUGGUAAGAUGCGUCUGACCAUCCCCUGCAGGGCCCUCACCUGCUCCCACCUGCAGUGCUUUGAUGCCACUCUCUAUAUUCAGAUGAACGAGAAGAAACCAACCUGGGUGUGCCCUGUGUGUGACAAGAAGGCUCCCUAUGAACACCUCAUUAUUGAUGGGUUGUUCAUGGAAAUCCUGAAGUUUUGUACAGAUUGUGACGAAAUUCAGUUUAAGGAGGACGGAUCCUGGGCUCCCAUGAGAUCCAAGAAGGAGGUGCAGGAAGUGACAGCAUCUUACAACGGCGUGGAUGGAUGCAUAAGCUCUUCCUUGGAACAUCAGGUGUCUUCUCACCAACAGUCAAAUAAAAAUAAGAAAGUGGAAGUGAUCGAUUUGACCAUCGACAGCUCAUCAGAUGAGGAGGAGGAGGAACCAUCUGCCAAGAGGAGCUGUCCUUCCAUAUCUCCAGCAUCACCAAUAAACAAUAAGGGCAUUUUGAAUUUACCCCAUCAAGCAUCUCCUGUGUCAAGAACACCAAGCCUUCCUGCUGUUGACACCAGCUACAUCAACACAUCACUUAUCCAAGACUACAGGCAUCCAUUCCACAUGACACCAAUGCCUUAUGACUUGCAAGGUUUAGAUUUCUUCCCUUUCCUGUCAGGAGACAAUCAGCAUUACAACACCUCCCUCCUUGCCGCCGCAGCCGCGGCGGUUUCCGCGUCCGAUGAUCAAGAACUUUUACACUCCCGUUUUUUCCCCUACACUUCAUCCCAGAUGUUUCUCGAUCAGCUCAAUGCAGGAGGAAGCAGUUCCCUGCCAGCCACAAAUGGUAGCAAUAGUGGCAGUAACAGCAGUCUUGUUUCCUCCAACAGCCUGCGAGAGAAUCAUGGGCAUCCCGUUGCAAGUAGGAGCAGCACGGACACGGCGUCAAUCUUUGGUAUCAUACCAGACAUUAUCUCAUUGGACUGAUCCUUUUGGACAGAGGAAAAUCUUUGUGCUUGGUUUUACUUUAUGUUAGAAACAUAAAACAGAGUUUGUUUUGGUUUUGUUUGUUGGUUUGUUGUUUUUCUUUUCUUUUUCUUUCGUUUUCGUUUUUUUUUUUCUUCUUCUUUUUUUUUUUUUCCUUUUUUUAGGGGGAAAAAAAAAUUUACGUGUACAGAGAACAAAAGUAUAUUUUCAGUUUUACUUUUGUAUAUAAACCUAAGAUGGCCUCACUGGUAAAAAUAAGAAAAAAAAAAAAAAACACAAAACAACAAAAAAAAUAGCAAAAACAAGGAGCUUCAGUUCAUUUUUAUGGAUGCUGAAGAUUUUACACCUGUGCAUUUGUCAUGUGAGUUUCUUUUUCUUUUUUUCCCCUCUACUUUGGACACAAAUGGCAUUAUUUUCUUCACAGUUAACAUAACCAGGAAAGGAGCUGAACUUCUGAAGUUCAAUCUUGGGAGAGGGUUUUUUUUUUUGUCCUCUUGGAGACAUUUCCCUUUGGUGGUGGAAUCUAACUCUUCCAUCCCUUGUUUAGUGCAGAUUUUAUUAUCCUUCAAGCAGAGUAGACCCUGCUCUGCUUCCCCUCUGUUUGCAGGACAGAACCUUUCAGGAGUGGGUUUGGUUUUUUAGGAGUUUUUUGCCAUUUCUGUGUGACCCUUUAUUCAGACCACUUUGUGAAUUCCACGCUUCAGUCAAGCACGUGGCAGGUUCAACAGGGACAGGACUCGAGGGAGAGGCAGGAUGCUGAGCCAGGGAGGGUUAGGUUGGAUCUCAGCAGAAGGUUUUUCAUCCCAAGGGUGGUUGAGCACUGGAACAGCCUCCCCAGGGUGUGGUCACAGCUCCAGGCCUGUUCAAAGAGUGUGUCAGCAACACUCCCAGGCACAGGGUGGGAUUUUGGGGUGUCCUGGGCAGGGCCAGGAGUUGAACUCCAUCAUCCUGAUGGGUCCCUUCCAACUCAGCAUUUUCCAUGGUUCAGUUAUUCCUGAGGGCCAGACUCAACCAAAUCCCAGGCUGAGCAAUUCCUUGGCUCUGCCUCUGGGGGACAUUUUUACAGAAUCCAGCCCCUAACCCACAUGCCGACACGUUGGACUGGAGGGGUUUGUUUCUGAGAACUUCCUAUCAAAUCCCAUCCCAGUAACUUUAAGAUCUUAAUCAGCAAAAUACUGAGCAUGUGCCAGUUUGAAAUCUGUGCAGCUGCUUGUGCUUUCACCUCAGCCAUGCCCGUAGCUACGGCCUUGGGAAUCAGGGCCCACCUUGUUCCCUCUGGAAAAACCUCCUUUUAGCUGCAGUAGAUCCGAAAUUUCUGCUUCCAAGUGAACUUGUCAGCUGAAUACAAGGAGAAAAUCCAACUCCCAGCACACUCUUGCAUGGUUUGUGCAGCUGAUAAUGCUCUUGGUCUGCUGAGUUCCCACUCAUCCCGAUGAAUAUUCAGUGUUCAGUGUGAGUCUGAAACCAGAACCCAACCCAGGCAACCACCCACCUGGAUCCCAUGUACUCCCUAUCCAAGUCUUUUAGGGAAGUGGCUUUCGAAAUUCAGUUUUCUCUCUUUGGCCUUGGAAUUCUUUUGCUUUCCCAGAUUUUUCAGUUGAACUUGGAGCCAUAUUUACUUCCUGGUUUCUUUUCUCUUUUUUUUUUUUUU